AUGGAUCACAAUAGUGGAGCUGGUCCCGGAGCGUAUGAAUGUGAACUCCGAGAACAAGACAGGUGGUUACCCAUUGCCAAUGUUGCACGAUUGAUGAAGGGAACACUACCUGGUUCAGCUAAGGUAUCAAAAGAUGCCAAAGAAUGUAUGCAAGAAUGUGUUUCGGAGUUCAUAUCUUUCAUAACAAGUGAAGCCAGUGAGAGGUGUUUCAGAGAGAAGAGAAAGACCAUUAAUGGCGAAGAUAUCUUAUAUUCUAUGCAUGAUUUAGGGUUUGAAAACUAUGCUGAAGUGCUAAAGAUCUAUUUGGCCAAAUACAGAGAACAACAAGCUUUGAAACAAGAACGAGGAGAAACAAGAACUUCUAGAAGACAACGUGCUGUUGCAGCAGCUACUGCUAAUGCUGUUGAAAUAGAAAAUGGAUUGCAUAAUGGGACUGAACCUGGGAUUACUACUGGACCUGGAACUGGAACUGGGACAACUAUUGAUUCACAAAUUGAAGAAUCACCUCUUGAAGGUCAUUCAGAGUCGUCUUCAAACGAUCAUUUAUCUGCUCCUCCGCCGGAAGAAGUAUAUGGAAAAGAAGAAGUGGGUCUACAUAAAGAUGAGGAGGUUGGAAUGACCUCUGAGUCCAAAAUAACGAAGGAUUCUGAUCAUGAACUGAUGGAGGAAUCUCAUUAUAUCGACCAACAACAACGACAUAGUUCUGGUCCAGAGUAUUACGAAGCCAACCAUUAUAUCCAUAGAAGUGAAGCCAAAGAAGCAGACGAUGAAGAAGAGAAUCAUAUGGACGAUCAUAUUGGGAAGCAACAGGAACAAGAUCAAGAUCAUGAACAAAAUGACGAUGAAGAUCAUGAUGAAGAUCAAGGUCAUGAACAAGAGGAUGACGAUGAGGUGGAUGAAAAAGCUGACAAUAACCAAGAUUAUAACGAACCAGGAACAAUCCAAGAAAACAAUAAUGAUGGUGGCAAUGAAGACUCAUAUGAAUAUACUGAUUUCAUGGGAGCAGGGCAUCAUAACAUAGAUGAAUUCACAAAACUAACAAAUGAGGAAGCAGAUAUGGAUGUCUUAUCUGCUGAAAUCACCAAUGGAAAUGGAGGAGAUUGGUAG